AUGGAUUCUUCAUCUAUAGUGAGCUUUAACAAUGAUUCUACUUAUCAAACGACAUUAAAAGCUGAUUACAAUAAUGUGCAUGAAUUGGCUCUUCACGCUAUGCGCGAUAGAUGCUUACUUCUUCAACGAAGAAUUAAUACGCUCGAGAGUGAUAACAUGAGAUUAAAACUUGACAUAACAAAAGCUGGGGAAAAAAGACCUUACACACCUUUAGCGGAUGAUGAAAAGCUAUCACUACAACAAAAAAUUGCAGAACUUAACAAACAAAAGUCGACCUUGCUACAUCAUGUAUUUAUGGUUUCUUGUGAAAAUAAAAAUUUAUGGAAUAAACUUUCAACUUUAAAAGGAGCAGAAAAUACUAUAAAAGACCGUAUAAAACAACCUCUUAUUCGAACAAAUACUUAUAUUCAUAGCACACCAAAAUACAAUGCUCAAUAUCAAGAGAAGUUUUCAGAUUCUAGUUUGGAAGAAAUAUCUUUAAAAUUAAUAAAUAGUUAUAUUCAAGAAAAGUCACAGUUAGUAGAGCAAUAUGAACAAAUGGCUCAACUUCAGGAAAUAGAUGAUGAUAUUCUAAAUGUGGACUCUAUAGGUUUUACCUAUAUGGAAGACCCUGCAACAGAUUCUCUUAAAGAAAUUUACAGUCAAACAGAAAAGUUACAAAAUAUAAAGAAAGAAUUAGCUCAGCAAGAAAAAGAUUUAAAAACAGUAAUUUCGAGAAUAGAACAUUUAAUGAAAGAUGGUUAUAGAUGUCCAUCAUGUAUUGCAAAUAAAGGGAAGUCUAUUAUAACCUUUGAAGAUAAGGAAACAGAAACAAGUGAUAGUCUUGUUACAAGUGACAUACACAUAGAUUCAAGUCUUUAUAACCAUGAUGUCUCAGAGGAAAAUAUUACUAAUAUAAGAAACCAUAUAGACCAUGAAACAACUUCAGAGCUAUUUGAUAAAAUGUGCCCCAUUUGUGGUGAUAAAUUUCAAAAAGAUACUAUUUUUGCAGAUUUUCAGUCACAUGUAGAAAGUCAUUUCAUGGGUGAAAACGAAAUUGAUUCUAUAGACAACUUCGAUACCAUUCCUAACUCUCUUGAUAAUGUUAUU